ACGGAAAUAGCUUCCCUAACAGCGAGCUCCCGCGCGCCCGCGCAGACUUCGCCGAGCGUUGACGCAGCAGCAGCUUCCAAACCCAAGCCCUGUUGCGUGUGCAAAGACGAGAAGGCCAAGCGCGACGAGUGCAUGCUCUUCUCGAACGCGUCCGACGCCCAGAAAGACUGCCAGUCGACGGUGGAUCUGUACCGGACUUGCAUGGCCGGGUUUGGCUUCAAGGUCUGA